CGCCGACGUCCAUGGUCGGUGACAUUGUUCUUGCAGAUAAUCAAGACAAGGUCUUGAUAUGUACCAAGUGUCAGCUUUUAGCGGGACAAUUCGAAGAGGCCCAAUCGGAAGAACCUUUGUUCAGUAAUCAGGCGAACCAUUCAAAUAUAAUAUGGUGGCCUCCCUUGUUGCAGUGUGUAACCACUAAGUCAGGAACGUUUCCAAUUUACUUCUGUCCUUAACUUCCUCAACAUGAUUCAUCUCAAACUCAAAGCGGCGGCGGUACAUGCUGCACCAGUUUACAUGAACAAGGCGGCCACCCUAGACAAAGUACUCUCUAUUAUUACCCAAGCAGCGGAAGAUGGUACCAAUCUUGUUGCCUUCCCUGAAGUCUUCGUCCCAGGCUUCCCCUAUUUCAUGAAUUGUUAUACGUCAAACGCUGCCACAGUCGCGAAGUAUGCCUCGCAAAGCGUUGUUAUUCACGAAGACCUACACGAUGUACAAGCGUCCUGCGCCAAGCACAAGAUCACGGUCGUGCUUGGGGUCUCCGAGCGCAUGAAAGAUGGCCACACGCUAUUCAAUUCUAUAGUGACCAUAGACACGGAUGGUACGAUUCUCGGAGUUCAUCGCAAGUUGCAGCCCACCUGGACGGAACGAAUGGUCUGGGCCCAGGGCUCCGGAUAUACACUGAAGACGUACGAGACCAAGGCAGGUUACCGGAUUGGCGGGCUGGCAUGCUGGGAACACACUAUGAAUAAUGCCCGACAAGCGCUUAUCGACCAGGGUGAACACAUCCACGUCGGCUGUUGGCCCGCUCUGGACACUAUGGGUGGCUUCGUGGGGAUCGCGACUGUGCAGAUCGAGGCGCUCAUGAAAAGUCAUGCUCUUAGUGCGCAGACUUUCGUGAUAUGUCCUAGCAGCUUUGUUGAUGACAGCUGUCUGAAAUGGCUCGAGGAAAACAUUGGCCCGCAAGACCAGGUGGGCGCCGGUGGUGGAUGGACGGCUAUCAUACAUCCUUUCUGCCAGAUCAUCGCUGGUCCGCAAACAGGAAGCGAGGAAAAACUGGUAACUGCUGAAAUUGAUUUGCAGCAGCUGGAUAUAGUCAAAGCAUACGUUGACAGUGCUGGUCAUUUCAGACGCCCUGAAGUUUUCAAAUUACAAGUGGACACUUCCUCAAGGUGGAAAGACGAGGAGGGGAUCGUUGGGCCAAUUCCAUAUUCUCCAUAGUAAUUUCAAAACUGGGCCGUAGAGCGAUCAUUUAAACACGUCACUUCGCAAUAUAUUUGUCAGACAUAAGUAGGGAUACAACAUUCCAGAUAAUAAACUCCUC